UGAAAUUUUGCAAAAAUGAACCAAGAUCAAAUCAUCCAAAUCCAACCAAUAGUCUCUCGUCUACAAACUUUAAACACUAAAAUCUCCGAAAUCUCUUCCCAAAAAGAUGCUGAAAUCAAAAACCUCGAACUAAUCGACCAAGUCCUUACUAAAAAGCAGCAAGAACUCGAACUCGCUUUCAAAAACUCACAGAACAUCUACAAACCUUCCUCUUCUCCGACCGCCCCUAAAACCUCCUACUCCAAAGAACUCGACUUAAAGACCAAAGCCAUAGUUGAAGAAAUUUCAAAAUUUGACUACGAUCCUAGCUAUGACCAGAUUUAUACAGAAGGCAAUGGGGAAGUAGUAGAGGAGGAACAGCAUGAAGAGGCUUAUAAGGAGCUGAAGAGAACGGAAAUUGAACUGGGUGUGUAUAAGUUGUUGGCAGGAGGAGAGGUUUUUAAAGAGAAGUAA